AUGAUGGCGACGCACACCAGUCAGGGUCGUGAGCACAGUAGGUCGGGAGACCUCGAGGAGAGUAGGGCGACUUUGGCAGCACCAGUUGAUCCUGGUGAUGACACUGCAGGAGAACAUGGCUUCCGAGCAUCCGAAAUUUCCUUUCUCCAAGAGCAAAAUAACAAUGUCCUCCAGGCGUUGGAGAACAUCGAGGCGGAGCGGGAUAACACGCUACGUACUUCUUUUGUUUGCUUUGAUGUUCUACCUACAGGGUUACCCUACUUAUACACCUUUAACAAUCUACAACACAAUAGAUAACACCUACGCUGCACCUACAACAAUCUAGAAAACUUCAUCGAUCUUCUUACAGAGUUAUUAAAUAGUUGACUUUACAGUUCGAAGUAAGUUGAAGAUGGUUGAAAAAUGCAAUCUGGUCUUGGUGAUACAUAAUGAUAAUUUCAGAACGAGAAAAGAUCAUCUUGUUUGACAUCUUGAAUUUUAAGUCGAAGGAUAAAAAGCCUACCUCGCUCCCCCUCCUUGAAGAUAAAAUACUUCUUCACCCAGGCCUCGUCCGCGAAUGGGAGGACAAGGAGCAGCAGAUGCUGGUGGAGACGGCGGCUGUCCAGGACAAGAUCAAGGUCCUUCAAGACGGUCUAGUCCAAGAGAAGACCGAACUCAUCUCCAAAGACGAACAUGUUCGCGUUUUGUCACAACAGAAUCAACAGAUGCUCGAACUGUUGGAGAAGGAGGAGCUGAAAACAAAGGAACUAGCAGCUAAAAUCACCGAUUUGGACGAAGAAAACAACUCCCUCAAAGUGCUGGAAGGCGAAUUCGACAAAAUCAAGGUGGAGAUCGAAAAUCUCAUCAAAGGCAAAAAAGAAGAGACCAUCCAAAUGGCCGACCAGCUGCGGGAAUUUAGACAGUUGAAUUUAUGGCCGCAGUGAGACUUCAGAAAAUGUAUAUCCUUGUAGCAAUUGAAUUUGUAAUACCCUUGUAAAGGUUAGACAGUUCUCUUCACCUCACUGUCACUCAUCCCUUCUAGAAACCUCCUCCUUGAUGUGCGGAACUUCUGUUAUCCGAACUAGAUCUUCUUCUUCUAGAAAUCAACUAGCCUUUCCUUCUCUAACGGCCGAAUCUCUCCGAGCCGACAUUGCCAGCGUGGAUGCCCAGACACAAGUCGAUAUUGAGGCUUUGAAUCAAGUGCUGACGGUCGUAUCAGACAAAAAUGUGCAGUACUUGUCCCAGAUGCAGAGGCAGGACACGAGAGAACAGGAACUGAAUGAAGAGCUUUCGGGCUUAAGGGAUGCGGCGGCAGCACUCAAGAAAGAAAUCGAACAAAUGAAGAAACAAAUGGAUGGGGAUGAGGUAAGCUUUUUUGAACUUCAAGGGAGAUGCAAUUAAGGAUGCUGGUACUAGUUUAUCGUUCCAGAAGGAUUUUGGCUGAUAUCGGGGCACUUUUUCUGUUGAAAAUGCAUCGAGGCCGAUCUUCUGAUUCUUCUUCAAGAACGCAAUCGUGAAUCGUCCACUUCCACAGGUUGAACGUUCAGCUUUUGAGCGUGACAAGGCUUCCCUGCAGCAGAAGAUCGAGUCUCUAGAGAGCCAAAUCGACGUGCUGAAGAAAACCCUGAACACCGCAGAAAAAAGCAACGAGCAACUGCAUGAAGAGAAUAGAAGGAGUGCCGAAAAAUUUCGAGAAAUGGCGGAUAAGGUCUACGGUUUGAUGGACUCUUUGCGGCUGAAUCAAGUCGAACUGAAGAGGAUAGAGGCAGAGAAUGUUAUGCAUGGAUAUUAAAAACGAUUUAUAGUGGGUGCUUGUUAUCUGUUUUUACCUCUAGAGAUCUAGCCCUUCCAGCAAGAUAAAGUGCUUGUUAUCUGUGAAGAACAAGAAGAACAAGAUCAAGAACAGCUGCAAAGUCGUGAUUAUCGUGAUCAACAUAAUUGAAGUCCUCCUGGAAGUCCUCCAAGAGGUGGAUGAAUGUUGAUCACCUCUACUCCUCCAACCUCCGCGCAUCAUACGCAUAUUACCCACUCUAACAUUCGCGCCAAGCAGAAAAAGUUCACGAAUACAGAGAAGCUGAUUGCAAACGUGCAGUCGAAAAUAAGCGUAGAGCUAGACGCCAAAAACAUAGCGGAGCAAGAAAAGCGCGACGCAGAUGGCGAGAGCAGCUUGCUGAAAAAGAAAAACAAGAAAAUCGAGGAGUCGAUCGCCACGGCGCAAAAUAUGCAGGAAUCGGUAACACGCCAUUGUUGUGAUUUGUUCUGCUCCCUUGGCACCUUUUUUCACGUCCAUGUUGAUCAUCUUCCCGCCGCGCCGACCUAAUCAUAAAGGCAUCUAUAACUAAAACUAGUUUUGUUCCUCUUGAAUUUGAAUACCAAAAGAACCCUCGACUAAACUCAGAUCGGCAAGCACAUUGUGGAGCUGAAUGAGCAGAUUAACGCCUUGCAGACGCAGAAUGCGUAUCUUGCGAGUAGAAUAGACGGACAGGAAGAGGAAAAGUCAUCCCUCAAAGGUGAGAUCAAAAAGGGUAGCGACAGGUUUGCCGAUACGUCGAAAACGAACAACCUUCUCCGAGAAGAAAUAGAGAAAUUGAAUCUCACCUUGCAAGAUUUGAAAGAGGGAGCGGUGAACUUGCGGUAUAAUUUGAAACGAUUCAUUUUGUGAAGGUUAAGUGGUUCAAGAUGAACUCCUAUAUGAGAAAAAUACUAAUCAUUGUUCGUCCUUAUUGAAGGUUAAGAACAGCAACAGAAGAAGAUCAUCGAUAAGGGCCCACGAUCAUGAAUUAUCACGACAUCAUGGUCUGAAACAACAGGGCCGAACUCGAGUACGUGAAACGUGAGGACGUGUUGGAUGAGACAGGAAGACAAAGGCCGAUCCUCAUUCAGAGUAACGAGUCGACACUGCUGGAGAAGCUUCAAAUCAACGAAUUCCUCUAUGAAGCACAGCAAAACAAAAAUCCAGUCCCAAGUUUGGUCGAGAAACUAGCGCAAUUGCUGGAGUUGUUGCACACGGCACAAGGUAUUGAGGUUUCUCUUUGUUUGGUCUCCAUUUAACCUGUAGUUCUUAAAGAACAAAUGAUACGAAUUAUAGCCAAUUGAUCCUCUUCAUUUAUGGUCAGCUUUUAUCCAUCCUCCUCGGCAUCUUGAUACCUUUUCCCCAUGAGGGGACCAAGAUGGAUGAGAGCUGAGGCUAAUUCAUUGUCUUCCCAACUCUUCUAUAACUCCUCCUCACAUGAUACAGGUCACUGCGACCAAUACCUUGGUGACCUGGCCAAGAGUAACUCGCUUGUCUCCGCUUUGCGACAGAAGAAUCUGGUGUUGUUCGAAAAAACAUCGAUGUUUGAGUCCUACAAGACGAGAGCACUGGUUCGAUAUAUGAUGAAUUUGUUCGAGUCCGGAGACUCCUACAACAUCAACUUAGACGGUCUGAACCUUACACCUCGAGAACUGCAGGAGCUCACUUCACUCAUCCAGCGAUAUUCGCUUCAAGAAAAAGUCUACUUCAUCAGUCUGGCAGAGAAUGGUACUGCAGCUAUUGUAGGAUUAGGGACUCACUUGUGUGUUAUUGAUUGUACUUGAUCAGGGACAAACUUGGAUCUUCUACUGUCAUACCUUCAUUCUUAUUGUAGUGAUUGGAUACUUUUUCAAUUUCUAGUGGUUCGUUGUAGCAGACAAUCACAAAAAUUAUCAUUUUGUUACUCAAAAAUCAUCAACAUGCUCCUGCAGCUGCUUCUACUAGAACAAGUACAACUACAGAUCAACAGAAGGUACAGGAUAGUUGAAAGGCCUCUAUGGUGUCAGUGCGACACAUAAAAGAGGAUCCAUGACAUGACAUGACAAGCUACUCCUCUUCACCAGGUCUAACCGACGACGCAGUGAACAUAAUUUUGCAGUUGGUGAUGCAAACGCCGUAUCUGAAGGCCUUGGAUUUGCGGAGAAACAACCUUUCGGGUGCUGGAAUACAGAAGGUGAACGACCAACUUCGCGUGAUGGAGGGUGUCACCAGCGUCAUCAAAACCGCAACUGGAGCAAUCAAUGUGCAUAGUGGAAAUCAAUUGAGGUAUAAUUCAGUCCACCUUCUACAUAACUUUGUCGGUCCUUCUAAGUAACUACUACAACAGGAGACUUCUUCUUUAUUUUUUCUGGCUGGGCUAGCCUUUUUUGAUCCCUUUCCCCCUUUUUUUGUUAGAUUUUCAAUUAUUUCCCUGACUAUGUGACUCUCAUCUGGUCUUGCUUACUUCAGCUCUUCUAGCGUGGUACUUUUUCUUGAGUUUGUACUUAACCUCAAUCACCAAUACUAAUGGUUGUUCCUUUUUUGAAAAGUAGUAUGUAAGUUCUUUCAUUCCAUGUGCAAAAUCCCCAUUCCACAGAAAUCGAAGAUCAUCUUUGUGGUUCUUGUCCGCACAUCAAGGUCAACAGCGUACUUGAUCAACUUCAACAACAACAUCGACUUUAUUAAUAUUCGGAAAUUGCGUAACUAAUUAUAAUGCAAUCCACCAGAUUAUGCGUCGAAGUCGCUGAGCAGAGCGCGAGGUAUGUUGGUGACGACCCUACAGAGGGCAAGCUGGACCCGACUUUGAAUGUGAAGGCAACAGACGAAUUUUUGGGCACAGCAGGAGGGCUUACACAGCUAGGCGGUCGAGAAAUGUAUGCGCAGGCCGACCAAGGUGGCAAGGCUGGGUCUGGGGAUAAACUACCAGCCGUCAACGGCAACAAGGCUCGCGCUAAGGCCAAGGGCGCAGCUAGGAAACGCAUCCCGCCACCACUGCAUCAGCUAAACAGGAAUGCAGGAGGCGCCGUGCCAAGUAGCAGAGAAAUUAUGGCUUCAGCUCCUAAACCUAAUGCAUCUCUUCACUAUAAGAUUAAGCAUCCUCAGUAGAUGGGUCUUCUUCAAGUGAAAAACAAGGGCCUGAGGAUGGAUCUUGAGAUGGAUUCGGGCGACCUCUAAAGAACGCAAGAAAAGCGGUGCACCUCCGAGAGGUGGAGGCGUGUUUGGUGGUGUGCCUAUUGGGUUAGGUGGUGGUUCUAGUGAAGCAAAUAGUCCAGGAAAAUUCUCGAGAGCUGAGUCCAGAGCUGAUUCGCAAGCAGAGAGCAGUCCUAGAUUCAAUAGCGCCCGAAGAGAAGGUCAACAUCAUGCAUCACUGGCAGCAACGAUCGGAGACCGAGGACCGACGUCCAGUAGCACCGCUUUUAUGGACGAUUGAAACUUCUCAAUCUUAAUCUUUUAGUUUUGUUGAGCAAAUAUUCGCCUGCAGUUAGUUCUAGUUGAAAGUACCAGUAAGAAAGUGGAUGUGAAUGUGUAAUUGGUCAGCAUUUUAUAACUCAUGAUUCUGAUUCUCCCUAUUCUUAUAAUAAAUAUCGCUGGGGAACCGGAACAACUAGAACUACUUUGCAUUACAACUAUUAGACUAUAAUAAUAAAUAUCUCAUCUUCUUCGUUCAUUCUUCUAAUUCCCCAGCACUUCGUAGCAACUACAACAUCGGAGGACAGAGGCCUGGUUCUAGCCGAGCUGGAGGGUCCUCAUCAUCGACAGCUGAUGGCGCUGCUCCACGACUAGUCUACAUGGAUCAGUACAUGGACCAGCAAAAAGGCAGUCGUGGUGGAGGUGGUUCCCGAAGUAGACGGUCAGGAGACAACUCUCGUAGUCCGAAUAAGACACCAGGUUGGAACGUGUCACUAGAUUUCGGCAAUAGCAAGCCACCAGGUGGAGGGGGAUUACGUGGAGGAGAUUUGUUGAUCGAUGCCAGCGGUUCAGACACUGACCAUGACCUACAGCCUACUUCUUCGCGAGACGGAGGCGAGGAUCAGGAUAGAUACUACUAUAGGAGCAGAGGAGGUGCCGUAGAACCACUCCCCAUGGGAGCAGGUACUUCUAUAGGUGGAAGUGUUUCUUAAGGGUUACCACAUUGCAUUCUUCACUACCAUCCUUGACUUUUUUUCGAGUAGGAAAAGGGUGAGGGAUGAUCUGAAGCAUGCAAUGUGGUAACCUCUAAGUUUCAGCGUCGACAUCAUCUGGUAGGGGAGCAGGACCUCCAGUAGGGGCAGACGGGUCAUCUAGACCACCAGCACCGCCGUUUCUGCGUCAGCGGUCAGCAAAGCGCAGUAGCGAAGGCAAAAGAGUGCCUAGUGAAAGGGUCAUCGAUAAAUGGCAGACCGGGAACUACAACCCGGACAAAUUCGAGGUGCAGCACAACAAUUUUAUCCGACCACCGUCGCGUGAGCUCUAGGGGUUGACGGUGAUGAAGGUGAAAGAAGCACCUAUUUCAUUAGCAUUGUAACUGGUUAUCGUUAUGAUGUGCGGUUGCGGAUGAAGUAGAAGUUGUACUGGCACACUUCUCCAUGAUUAUAUGAGCUUGCCAGACAUGUUGAAUUUUGAAAUAACUACGGUUACGGAAAGUCAAGGUCGCUCAGUGUUUACAGGUUUUACAUUUAGUUAAGCAGCUUGUUCCUUGUUAUAUCUUCUUCGUGUUUAUCUUCUACUUUUAUCGAAUGUAGUUAGUUCGCUUUCUUGGCAUCCACCAAGUCGCACUUAGAAGGUUGUUCGGUGGAUGUUGAAGUUAUAAGAUUCGUUUGUUUAAGAUUUUGUGACGUCGCUCGUAUGCAUGAGAUAAACUGUUGUAACCCUUGCUUAGAAAUUAUAAUAAUGCAAACUACCUCUACCACAAUGAUAAUGAAUGUACCAUCUAUUUCUAGACGCGCAAAAGAAGACGCUAGAACUGCACAGAAAGAAUUAUAGAAGAGGAGGAGGUAAACUCAAUAGAUCAAAUAUAACGAAAUCCUCAACAUCAGAGAAUAUCUUCAACUUCAUAUUACAGUUUUUCAUCGUCGUUGUCGCUAAUUCACUUAUAUCCAAUAUAAAGCAUUUGAUGUCCUAGUAUUUUCAGUCUAUCCUAGUAUUUUGUCGAACAGCCUAGAACUUCUAGAUGAAAAGAGCAGAUGAAGGUUGUUUAUGCGUUUAAGAUGAAAAAGAAAAAAAUUUCGCAUACUCGUGCUCGUCAAGAAAAUGAACCAAAGAGAAGAAGACGUCAGAUACAU